GUUCUAUUAAAAUUGUUAUAGUAUUUUAGAUGUAAAUUUUGAAAACUAAAAAGAUUUAAUAAAAAUUUAAAGGAAAGAAAAUGAGUGAAACUUACGAUUAUCUAUUCAAGUAUCUUAUUAUUGGUAGUGCUGGUGUUGGAAAAUCAUGCAUCUUACAUCAGUUUAUGGAAAAUAAAUUUAAACAAGAUGCACAUCAUACAAUUGGAGUAGAAUUUGGUUCAAAGAUUGUCAAUAUUGGUGGUAAAAGUGUUAAACUACAGAUUUGGGAUACUGCUGGCCAAGAAAGAUUUAGAUCAGUUACUCGCAGUUACUAUAGAGGGGCUGCUGGUGCUCUACUUGUUUAUGAUAUCACAAGCCGUGAGACAUACAACACGCUCACCACAUGGCUAACCGAUGCAAGAACGCUUGCAAGUCCUAAUAUUGUUAUUAUUUUACUGGGAAAUAAAAAGGAUUUAGAAGCUGAUAGAGAAGUGACUUUUUUGGAAGCGAGUCGGUUUGCACAAGAGAACGAGCUAAUGUUUUUGGAAACAAGUGCGGCCACUGGAGAAAAUGUAGAAGAAGCAUUUUUAAAAUGUUCUAGAUCGAUUCUGACUAAAAUCGACGCAGGAGACCUGGAUCCAGAACGAAUGGGAUCUGGCAUUCAAUACGGCAACGCUACUCUCCGAAAACAUCAGCCCAGUAAACCAGAUAGUAACUCUUGUAACUGCUAAAAAGUGCUCUUUCUUAUAUGCCUUAAAUUCGUUUUCUACAUCUGUAUAAUUUGUUUUUAUAUCAUUUAUGCAUUGCACAACACAAAGUUCUUUUCAUUAGUCAAAAGAAUUUUUAAUUAAUCAUUAGCUAAAACGAUUAUUUCUUAUCGCAGAACAUCUUUGAACUCAAAAAGUUCUUUAUACAUGCAUAUAUUAAACUAAGCUCUAGAAAAGGUUAAAAAAUCAAUAUUAAUGAACAUAUUUUAAACAGGUUUUUUGUUUGUUUUGUGUUUUUUUUUCUUUUAUUAAAACAUUUUGUAUAUUAUUUAGGUCACCAAUGAUUAAGUAUGUUUUAAAAGUGACCGUGAUUUAGAAUAGCUAUCACAUGAUUAAGGCAAUCAUGUGACAUUACGAAAACUUUAGUGUUGUUGUUGCAAUAUUCUUAUUAAGUUAUAAUUUUUUAUUACUUAUCUAAAUUGAAUUUAAUUUUAAAGAGAUUGUAAAUAUGAGAUAAAAAAAGUAAACUUUAUAAUUGCUUAAUACUUCUCCGUUUUUUAAUUUAUCUGUGCUAUGUUUUAACUUUUGACAAAAUUUUAAAAGCUAAGAAAAAAAAUCAGGUAUAUGGUAAAUUUUUAAAAAAACUAAACUUAAAAAAAUCACUAUAUGGUAAAUUUUUUAUAAGCUUAGAAAAAUGGAAUAACGAAUUAAGAUUUUAUUUUUGGAUAUUUUCUUUUACUUUUGUAAAUUAUUAAUAUGUUAGAUAAAAGUUUGUCUCCCUGCAAACUAGUAAGUGUAUGCUCACCUCACUUUACGUGAGUCGGUGAAAAUACAUUAAAUCUUGGUGUAUAGUUAAGCAUAAAUAUUUAACAUAAAGAAGAAAGUCUUUAUUUA